AUGCGUAUAUUUUUUGCGGUGAAGAUGUGGUGUAGACGUCAAGCGGCGGCCGCCAUUUUGCCGUUGUUACUCACCGGGUGGCUCACGGGAGAGUCGUCGGAGGCAUUGACAACAUUUGGAAAAAGCAACACCCAGCCACCAAAGGACUUAGCACCAACCCCACCACCAGCUCGACCGUGUUCGAAGCAGGCAGAAUGUGCUGGCAUCACCAGCUCCUCCUGCGUGAGGACCCACUACGAUCCAGUGACCAGAUGCCUAUGUGGAGACAACCUGCCUCCAGUCAAUGGACAGUGCGAGGCGCCCACUAAAACUUUAUACCACGUGUGUGCGAACAGCGACGAAUGCAACGAUGGUCUUAUCUGUGGAGCCCCGAAUAUAACGAGCGCUGCCCCGGCGCAUAUGCGGGUAUUCACGCCACAGGACAAAAUCUGUCUCUGCGACACUGAAAAUGGGUAUAAAGAAAAGGAACAUGCUUGCAAUGAUGCGGUUAUACUGAAGAUUUCACUGUUCGCUAUCAUCUUCGUGUCUUGUUUACGAAAAUUAAUAUUGUAA